CGCUUCCACGGCCAAAUCGUCGGGUGGUCGUGGUCGGCUGGCGCGCGGCGUGUCUCGCAUGUGUUCAGUACAUGGACGCUGUUUGCCCGACGAGAAACACUCGCACCCGACGACCGUCAAACAUGAAGAUGAGCAAAGUGGGCAACCAAACCAACUCGCAAGAUCCGCAGGCAGUAAAUUCUCGGGUGUUCGUGGGAAAUCUCAACACAUUUCAAUGUAGUAAAACCGACGUCGAACGAAUGUUUCAGCGAUAUGGUCGUCUAGUGGGUAUAUCGAUGCACAAAGGAUUUGCUUUCGUUCAGUUUACUAAUCCCUUUGACGCUCGCAGCGCUUGUGUCGGAGAAGAUGCGAGGACAGUUUUGGGACAGACACUGGACGUUAACCUAGUGGCCGAACCGAAACCACAUCAGACCGGUAGGAAAAGGCAAAACUUAUCAAAAACCGGAAACGACUGGGAAUAUUAUUACAACAGCUACUACGCAGCCUCGUCGUCGCCGUUGCUCUCGGCAGCCGCGGCGGUCAACAACUGCGGCGGCGGCGGUGCCAAGUCUUCGAAACGUCAGAAAGUCAGCCACGCGUUCUCGGCGAAGGGCGGCCGAAGUCAGAACGGGGGCGGCGGUGGAGGUCAACCGACCGCCGGUCAAGGGAUGCAACAGCCGCAUCACGCCAUCGUGCCGGACCAGCUGAAACUCUACAGCAAUCCAGACAUACUGAUAUGCGGCAACUGUCGAGAGAUGUUCACCGAGCUGCAAGGCCUGUUGGAUCACAAGAAGGAAUACUGCAAGCUUAGAUUCACCUGCAAAUGUAACAACUCGAUCAAGCCAAAUGUCAACAAUAAUAACAAAUGGCCGGGAAACUUGAACGACGGCUGCGUGUCCCUGAUGUGCGUCCAGUGCAAGGAAUCGUUUGACAGCGCCUGGGACCUCAUGGUACACGCGCAAGCGGCUCAUAUGAUGAACGUCUAUCAGUUGGCCACCAGGGACCAGGUGACGGCUUCGCCCGUGGGCACAGAAUCGGAAAACGGAUCGACGUGUUCCGUGGGCGCUCAGGUGAACAUCGAUGAGGACGCGAACGGGUCGGCGGACGAGUCGCUGAACGAUCGCAACGAGUACGAGCCGGCCGACAACGAUCGCGCGCCCGACGACACGGUGGCGCUCAGGUUCGGAGACAAGGAAGAGCUGGCGGACGGCGCGCCGAUGGCUUCGUCCUGUCAGACGUGCCUCAUCCAGCAGCCCAUGCACGCGCUCAUGGGCGUACACUGAACGCAUCGUCGUAGUUUUAUUGUAUAAUAAUAAUAAUAACAAUAUUAUACCGUUAUUAUAAUUAUUAUUGUUACUAGUAUUGUGUACGACACGUUCGCAUUUAACGUUUAGAUCCGCUUCUCGAACUAACACCGCCCGAAUAAUGGUACAGCUUCCGCAUCGUCGUCUCGACCGGGAACACGACGUCCGUCUGUUGGUCAAUCGUCGAACGCGUGUUCCGUCCGCCGCAACUGUUGCACUGCACGGAAAAACGCAUCGCGAUUUCAAUAUUCCGUUCGAAAACUACAUUAUUCCGUUGUAUCCGUUAACGUAAUAUUGUUGUCGUACGAUAUUCUACAAACACCGACAUUGAUUGAUCAGAUUCCGUUGGAAAAUAUAAUUUUUAUGAUGUGCACCUACUUGCCGUGCGGAAGUUGUAUCAUGCAUACACAAAUGUAAUGUAUUCCUUUAGAACCUUGUAAAUGUUUUUUUUUUUUUUUUAUGGUUUCGUUUUUUUAAAUUUAAACGGUUUACCGAUGCACCGUAAAACUAUGAAAAUUCUACGUUGUACACAUUGUUUUCGUUUGUAGAGUGAACGUCAAAUGUACAUAACUGUAUACUGUAAUAUCAUUUAAUAUCAUGGCGUUCGCGUGAACACACAGUACAUAUCACUAUACGUAAAGAAAAAAUCGAUAGUUAUAUUAAAAAAAACAUUAUAUGUGCUUAAAACCCGUAUCGGACGAUUUUCGACGCAGCCUGCGGUUGUUCUUAGUCUCCCCCUCCCAUCACCACGAUUAUUGUCUAUCUAUUCGGCUUGUCCAAAUGUUUUUCCUUUACGGUCAUCAACAUGCAUGUUGACGGUGGCUUAAACCGUCCGUCCGUCUCAUGCCUUGGCGGUGAUGUUAUUUCGGUAAUAUAUUAGUUGUUGCACGAAUCGACACCAACAGAAAUUGACUACAAACCAGUAAUCCUUUAGCCGGUUGCAAAUGUUAACUUGACACGCAGUAAAACAGAUUGGAUAAAAAACAAAACUCAUUGCAUACAAAUAUUUUAUGAAUAAACAUAUAGACUUGAUGAUUUAUUGGGAAAAUGGCUGCCACAUUUUUGUGUUCCGCGCGUAUAAAUUAUUGUUAUCGGUUUGCAGCCACCAGCGUAUGCAUACAUCGCUUAAUGCCUAAUACAGAACAAUAACGACCGUUGAACCAUUGUUAUUUCAUGCCGAUUUCCUGUCGAAAAAUAAACGUUCGAUCAAAGUUAAGCCAUCCCAUUGUUGUGCUAUACGUUCGGUGAGCUCUCGACGGCGUGCCGAGGAUUCGAUUCGAUCAGUUGGUCGGCGACCAAACGAAGAAAUGUCCAAAGCCGAUUCGCACGUAAAAAUAUUCACAAUAAUACGUUAUACGUUGUUGUUGUGAAUAGAAAAUAUGACCAUCCGUACGUCAUAUUUCCACUAGUCGUGGUGUCGAAUAGGAUUCCGGCAGAUUUUUACCGAUUUUUCACGAAUAGUGUCAGUAAAUCGAAACGUUAAAUUUGUUUUCCGAGUUCGAGAAAACAGUCCCCGUGUCUGAUCUCUUCGUACACUUACGCAUCUUGGGAAAAAGCCCGGUCUCGCAAAUCACAGUGCUAGGAAACACCGUAAUCUCCGUAGAGGUAUUCGUUCAGAUACUGGCCAAAGGAAAACAAUAAUAACCGCAGUGCAUCCCUUAUCCGUACCCUGUAACCGAUAGUACACAUAACGCGUGAAAAAAAAAAAAAAAAAUACAAAUCAAAAUAUAUUUCGGUGUUCACUCGACUAGCAUAUACUAUACGCGUUAAUAAUAAUAAUAUUUUAGUGAAAA